AUGUCAGCCAACGAAAACCUAUUUGGGUAUCUUACUGAAUUUGCACACAGUAGUCCCCUCGAGGAAUUGCUGAUUGGGGGGACAAAUUUUUCUGGAUUGCUGCCAACUUCAAUUGGGAAUCUUGAUUCCUUAAACGCCGAAACCUGCGAGGUUGGGAUAGUACCGGGAAGCCACUCGACCGGGGGCAACAAAAGUCACUCACACGAUCAAGUCACACACUUGAUUAUCGGAGGAAUCACUACUCUCAAGGAUGCAAAGAUAAACAAUGUAGAGAUUCCUUCAUCAAUAGCAAACUUGUCUAAGCUCACUCGCUUAGGACUCAGCAAUGGUAGCACUGGUAGUUUUGAUGUAGGAACCCUAUGUUUCCUACUUGGAAAGAUGUCAAAACUUACCGAAUUGUACCUUUUUGGAACGAAAAUAAGCGACGUAUUACCUCAGUCUCUUGGUAACCUGACCCAGAUAUCUGAGUUGAAACUUAACAACAAUAAGUUACUUGGUGAAAUCCCAUCUUGGCUUCUGAACCUCACCCGACUUACCAGCCUAGACCUUUCAGAAAAUCAAUUAUAUGGCAUGUUUCCAAGCUCAAUCUCUCAACUCAAGCACCUUGAAACUCUUGAUCUAGCUUCAAACAGCUUGAGUGGCAAAGCCAAGUUAGACAUCUUUCAAACUCUCCAAAUCCUUACUCGGUUGGAAUUGUCAGGAAACAAAUUGACUGUGCUCGCAACAAACAGUACCAAUGCUACUCAACCAAAAUUCAAUAGUACAGAUGAAUUAGAAGGGCUUGAUUUGGGUAAUAACAAUAUUCAUGGCCAAAUACCAACAUGGUUGUGGAACACGAGUAAAGAAACAAUGACAUAUAUCGACCUUCGUAGGAACUUUCUUACAGGAUUUGAGCAGCAUCCAGAUGCCAUUUCAUGGAUAUCACUAGUAUACCUAGAUUUUAGCUUUAACAGGCUGCAAGGACCACUCCCACUUCCACCACCAUCUAUUUUUUCUUAUACAGUCGCUUAUAAUUCACUAACCAAAGAAAUCCCACCAUCAUUCUGCCAACAUAGUGCUCUUUUUGUUCUAGACUUGUCUGAUAAUUAUUUAAGUGGGGCCAUCCCUCAAUGCUUGUUCAAUUCUACUAGUGAUUCUCUGUCAAUUCUCAGUCUGAGUAGCAACAAUUUUCAUGGUACUGUUCCCCAGAUGUUCAUGAGGGAGAUCAAGAUGAUUGACUUGAGUCAAAAUCAAUUGCAUGGGGGAUUCCAUGGUGCCAUUGAGAAUCCUAAAACCAAUUUGAAAUUUCCAAAGCUGCAGAUCAUUGACCUCUCUCACAUUGAUUUCUCCAGUACAUUGCCAUCACCAUCAGACGUCGAAAUUCCAGAAUCCCUUGGAAGUCUCCGUGGACUUCAAGCGCUAAACAUUUCCAAAAACAACCUCAUUGGCACUAUCCCGUCAUCCUUGGCCAAUUUGAGGGACCUGGAAUCUUUGGACCUAUCUAGAAACCUGCUUUCAGGAGAGAUCUCUCAACAGCUAACCCAACUCACUUUCCUUUCAGUCCUAAACGUUUCUCAUAACCAUCUCACGGGCCCCAUACCUCAAGAUGGUCAUAAUGAUGGGAUAUGGGAGUGGACUGAUAAUUGGGUUGGUUAUUGGGUAGAUGUUGACCACGAGCCACUAUGCCAUGAAGAUGAGAGAUCAGCCUUGCUGAAGUUCAAGCAUAGCUUUGACAUCAAGAAGUUUGCAUCUGGCGAUCCUUCUGCUUAUCCGAAGGUUGAGUCAUGGAAGCUUGAUGGAAAUGCUAGCGAUUGCUGCUCUUGGGAUGGUGUGGAGUGUGACCAUGACACUGGUCGUGUGAUUGGUCUCGACCUCAAUAGCAGCUUCCUCUUUGGUUCUAUCAACUCCAACAGCAGCCUCUUCAGCCUUGUUCACCUUCAAAGGCUGAACCUUGCUGACAAUCACUUCAAUUAUUCUCAAAUUCCGACCGGAAUUGAAAAUCUUUCAAGACUAGAGAGUCUCAACCUCUACAAUUCUUAUUUUUCUGGUCAGAUCCCUUCAGAAAUCUCCUCUCUUUCCCAAUUGACUUUCCUUGAUUUGUCCGGAUAUUUUGACUAUACUCCUGAAUAUCUUUUGAAACUUGAAAAACCUAGUCUGAGAGACCUAGUUCAAAAACUGACCAACCUGAAAGUACUUGUCCUCACUGGGGUGAACAUAUCUUCAACAGUUCCAGAAGCUUUAUCAAAUAUGACCUCUCUAACAAGUCUUGAUCUUCAGAGUUGUUUGUUGUAUGGUGAAUUCCCAAUGAGCAUUUUCCAUCUACCAAACCUCCGGAGUUUAGGCAUUUCACUCAAUGAAAACCUCAUUGGUUACCUUCCUGAAUUUCCACGCGGUAGUCCGCUUGAGGUAUUGCUCAUUGCGUGCACAAGGUUUUCCGGAGUGCUUCCAACUUCAAUUGGGAAUCUUGAUUCCUUAAACAAGUUAGACAUAGCAUUCUCCAUUUUGUAUGGGAGUCUUCCACCCUCGCUUGGCAAUCUAGCCCAGCUCACGUUUCUGGAUGUUUCUGGAAACUAUUUCCAGGGACAGAUUCCUUCAUCAAUUGCAAACUUAUCAAAACUCACUGAAUUAGGACUCGGCGAUGGUGCUUUUGAUGCAGGAACCCUAUCUUUCCUAUUUGAAAAACAAUCAAAACUCACCACAUUAUUCCUUGUUGGUACAACAAUAAAUGAUGUAUUGCCACAGUCUCUUGCAAACUUGACCGAGCUAUCCGUGUUAAUUCUUUACAGGAAUGAGUUACUUGGUGAAAUCCCAUCUUGGCUUCUAAACCUCACCCACUUAACCACUUUAGCCCUUACAGGAAAUCAAUUAUCCGGCAUGUUUCCAAGCUCAAUCUCUCAACUCAAUCAUCUUGAAAUUCUUGAUCUUUCUUCAAACAACUUGAGUGGUGAAGUCGAACUAGACAUCUUUCAAAAUCUUCGAAACCUUGCUGUAUUGCGAUUGUCCGAAAACAAAUUGUCGGUGCUAGUAACAAACAGUACAAAUGCUACUCUAGCAAAAUUCAUCGAUAUAGGAUUGGCAUCAUGCAACUUGAAGGAGUUCCCUGAUUUCUUGAGGUUCCAGGAUGAAUUACAAUCGCUUAAUAUGGCGGAUAACGGUCUUCAUGGCAAAAUACCAACUUGGUUGUGGAACACAAGUAAAGAAACAAUGAGAUAUAUCGACCUUUAUGGAAACUUUCUCACAGGAUUUGAGGCACAUCCAUAUGCCAUGCCGUGGAUAUCACUAAAAUCCCUAGAUUUCAGCUUUAACAGGUUUCAAGGACCACUCCCUCUUCCACCACCGUCUGUCUUUGCUUAUAGAGUCGCUGGUAAUUUACUAACCGGAGAAAUCCCAACAUCAUUCUGCCAAAAUAGAGAUCUUUUUGCGCUUGACUUGUCUGAUAAUUACUUAAGCGGGGCCAUUCCUCAAUGCUUGGCCAGUUCUAGCAGUGAUUCUCUGUUGCUGCUCAAUCUGAGUAGCAACAAUUUUCAUGGUACUAUUCCCCAUAUGUCCAUGAGGGUGAUAAGGGUGAUUGACUUAAGUCAAAAUCAAUUGCAUGGGGUGGUACCACGUUCAUUGGUUAAUUGUACAAGGCUUGAAAUUCUCCUUCUCGAAGAUAAUCAAAUCGAGGACACUUUUCCCUUUUGGUUGGGAACUCUUCCUGAGUUAAAAGUUCUUGUUCUCCGGUCUAACAGAUUCCAUGGUGCCAUUGAGAAUCUUCAAAUGAACAUGAAGUUUCAGAAGCUGCAAAUCAUUGACCUCUCUCAGAAUGGUUUCUCAGGUACAUUGCCAUCAGAGUUCUUCCAAAACUUGAAUGCAAUGAAAAUGGUCAAGAAAGGGAAUUCAACAUAUAUGAAGGUGUCGAAACCAGUAUUUACAAGGUUCAAAAAAAUUAUUUCCGGAUGGGAAUUUGCCUAUUCAGUAACAAUAUCUAUUAAAGGGACAAAAAGGUAUUUUGUGAUGAUCCAAAGUGUGUUUGUCGUUGUUGAUCUUUCAAGCAACAAAUUCAGCGGCGAAAUUCCAGAAUCCCUUGGAAGUCUCAGUGGACUACAAGUGCUAAACAUUUCCAACAACAACCUCACUGGAACCAUCCCGUCUUUCUUGGCAAAUUUGACGGACAUGGAAUCGCUGGAUCUAUCUCGAAACUUGCUUGCAGAAGAGAUCCCUCAGCAGUUAACCCAACUCACUUUCCUUUCAGUCCUAAACCUUUCUCAUAACCAUCUCACGGGUCCCAUACCUCGUGGCAAACAAUUUGAUACGUUUGACAAUAGUUCAUAUGGUGGGAAUAUGAGAUUGUGUGGUGUCCCUCUAACGAUGUUAUGUGGAAAUUCAAAAACUUCAACCCCACCAUCCCUGGCACACAGCUCGCAAGGCGAUGAUGAUCCAGAGGUUUCGAGGGGUAUUUACUGGAUGAUCAUAAUCAUGGGAUACGGAAGUGGGCUGAUAGUUGGGUUGGUUAUUGGGCAUGAGCUUACCACAAGGAUUGUGUGUGGUGUCCCUCUGUCAACAUCAUGUGAAAAUUCCAAGGCCUCACCGCUGUUGCACAGCUCGCAGGCCGAUGAUUCAGAGUUCCCGAGGGGUACUUACUGGAUGGAGGCUGCACUUGUAAUGUAUAAAACCGCCAAAAAGCAUAAGCUUUCUCAUCCAAGAUUGCGAAACGACGUCGUUUCCGCUAACGUCGUGAUGAUGUCAGCACAUUGUGCUCAUGGUUGUGUUCUGUACGUUGUAAGUCUUUUGCCGUGUGUUGACCGUUUCGUUAGAAGUUUGAGUGACAAGAGCGUUUUUGUGGGUGAUUAUUUCCAGUUUUUGUAA